GGCUGGCUACAACGUAAUGUUGCUCCAAACAGUGGUUUUCUUUCUUCCUGGUUAGCAAACUCCUGAGAUGGUUAACUCACCAGACAGCAGCAGUUAAAUUAAGCUUGUUAGCGUUAUCUGGCAUUUGGUUCUUCAGUCAAAAUAAUGAAUUUAUUACCGUCUAAUCCCCACGGGAAUGGGCUCCUUUAUGCUGGAUUUAACCAGGAUCACGGAUGCUUUGCCUGUGGAAUGGAAAAUGGAUUUCGUGUGUACAAUACAGAUCCUCUCAAGGAGAAGGAGAAGCAAGAGUUCCUGGAGGGCGGGGUUGGCCACGUGGAGAUGCUUUUUAGGUGUAACUAUCUAGCACUAGUGGGAGGAGGGAAGAAACCCAAGUAUCCAACUAACAAAGUGAUGAUCUGGGAUGACCUGAAGAAGAAAACUGUUAUUGAGAUUGAGUUCUCAACUGAAGUCAAAGCAGUGAAGCUUCGACGUGACAGGAUUGUGGUGGUCCUGGACUCAAUGAUCAAAGUGUUCACCUUUACCCACAACCCCCAUCAGUUGCAUGUGUUUGAGACCUGCUACAACCCCAAAGGUCUGUGUGUGUUGUGUCCCAAUAGCAACAACUCCCUGUUGGCAUUCCCUGGGACUCAUUCAGGCCAUGUACAAAUAGUGGACCUGGCUAACACAGAGAAGCCCCCAGUUGACAUCCCUGCCCAUGAGGGAGCGUUAUGCUGCAUUGCUCUCAACCUACAGGGCACAAGGAUAGCUACUGCAUCAGAGAAAGGGACACUUAUAAGAAUUUUCGACACAUCUGCAGGUCAGCUCAUACAAGAGCUGCGACGAGGCUCUCAGGCAGCUAACAUUUACUGCAUUAAUUUCAACCAGGAUGCCUCCCUCAUCUGUGUGUCCAGUGAUCAUGGCACAGUGCACAUCUUUGCUGCAGAGGAUCCCAAAAGGAACAAACAGUCAAGCUUGGCAUCAGCCAGCUUUCUUCCUAAAUACUUCAGCUCUAAGUGGAGCUUCUCCAAGUUCCAGGUCCCAUCAGGCUCUCCCUGUGUGUGUGCCUUUGGAACAGAGCCCAAUGCUGUCAUAGCCAUUUGUGCUGACGGCAGCUACUACAAGUUCCUGUUCAACCAGAAAGGGGAGUGUUCCAGAGAUGUCUACGCCCAGUUCCUGGAGAUGACUGAUGGAAAAAUAUGACCUUUGACUGCUCAGCAAACUUGUAUUAUGCAGCCUUUUCUCUUUUGUUUUUUCAUCCCUGGUUGCACUUGUCCUUAUCUUGACAGACUUUAAAAGAGCAUCAAAUGAAGGGAGGAACACAGACUUUGGGGAAUCCUUGCAACAAAAAUGGACAAUGGGAAGCACCAUCAGAGAUGCACACUUUUUUGUCUCUGGAUAGAGGGACACAGACACUGACUUCACUCUCAAACCAAACACAAGAGAAAAGAGGGACAGUUAUAUUUUUUGAAAUGAUGACAUGCCGGUUUUUAAGAUGUCUUUCGAGGAAUUUACAAAGGAUCACUAUUUUUAAUCUCAUAGAUGAUUCUGCUCAUUAGAUGGAUUAAAAAUAGAGGUUUUUGUCAACUAACACCACCUAACUCUAGGGCGUGCCUCAGACUGGAGAGAAGUUGGAUGUGGGCACAUAUUAUUGUUGUCAUAUAUACAUGUUGGUGUAUAUACCAGUGUACCAUAGUAGGUGUUUGCAAAGCAGGUUUAAAAUGAGGUAACUUUUCACUUCUGCCUUCAAGGUUCAUAGUAACAUCUGGAAGAUUAGAACAAACCUUGAUCCUGUGCUGUUGGAACAUAAACUUACGAUUACUAGAUUUUUUUUUUGAUUUUUUUUUUUAUAUAUAUUCAUUCACUUUAUCAACACAAUGCACCAGACUGAACUACAUAGUAUUGUACAAAAGAGUAGCAAAAAGAAAAGAGAUGAACAUGUAUUUUGGUUUCAUUCUUUCCCCCAUACAUUGUGCAAUAUGUGUUCUCUCUAAUUGUUAGAAGGUUGUGAAAGCUGGGUUUGCUGUUUCUACCUACACAAGCAAGCAUGUCAAUCUUUUCAUCAAACUCUCACUAAGAAAGUGACCAAGUUAAUUUCUUAAAAUGUUAACUAUUUCUUUAAGAGUGUGUGAAUGUUGUUUGUUGCUGCUGCCUGAACAGGGUGUAAGAGCCAAACAUGCACAGAUUUCAUCUUAAAUCACAAAACACAAUUUGGGAUGAGAUUGUUUGAUAACUUCUACUCAACAGCUCAUCAACUGUACAAAUAUGAAGAAUAUUUUGAACUCUGUUCAAGACUGCAUUUCACUUAACACACUAAUAUCUCAAGUUGGUUAAAUAAGAAACCUCUGAUUAAUGGUUUGCUUUAUGUACUUUUUGUUGGCCAGCAUUACUCCAGUCACAGCUGUUGAAUAUCUUUUUAAGACACAGCACUCAAAAAAAAAAGGUAGGGUUGGCAAUCCUGGAAAAACCAGCAAGAGGAAACUCAAUUUUGAAAGUAGGCAACUGAAGAAAUCUCGCCAUUUCAUUCUGAUUUCUUUCCCAAGCAACUCCAAAACUGUGCACUGCAACACACACUGUGCGACUACUACUUACAGAUUUCAGGAAAAUUACAAAUGCCCCCAAACAAAAAACCUGUCCACUGGAAAUACGGUUAAUAUGGCAUCACUCUUCAGCCCCUUUUGUUCUAUCAGUUGUCGCUAUCCUUCAAAAGCCACAUCCGUGUUAAUUCUGGUUUUACUUCUUGUAGCAUCAAACUUCUUUUUAGUUGUAACUUUCUCAAAUAUAGUUUUAUCUGCUCAGAUAGCUGCUUUAGCCCUGGCUUAUAGCCGGUAUUAGCCUUAGAAGUCCAGGCUUUUCCAGCAGUGAGAAGUGAAGAGGGAGGCCAGCUAAUGCCGUUCAGAACAUGAGCUUUAUUCCAUCUUGAUAACAUGAACACUGCAAGUGGCUUUUGAUGCCAGGUUAACUAUAUGUAAAAGGAGUCUGUUCUGUGCAGUGGUCUUCUUGCUCUCAUACAGACAUACAGGUGGCAACAACAUUACCCAUAAGGCUAUAUGUCUGUAAGAGGAAGGCCUGGCCUGUAACAACAGUCUCCAUUUGCAAACAGAAGCUGCUGCGGGUACCUUCUCUAGUUCGCUAGUUUUAGCUAUCAAAAUAGAGCGGUAAGACAUUUGCCUGCAACUGCAACGCCUUGUGGGAGAUUCUUGACUUGUGCAUUGGGUACACCGGCAGGCUACACACAAUGUGUAGGGAGUUUGGUUGACAGCCAAGUAGGCCAUUUAGUGGUUUUGUUUGAGGCAAGUAAAAUUCAGGGGCUUUUUUUAGCUCUGCUGCUGCCACAGAUGAUGGAUUUUUUUUUUGUGCUGUCAGUGCAUUUAAUGGAGAUAAUGAAAUUAUCAGAAGUUUGGGGGUGGGUCCUGAGCCGAAAUUACACCCCUUCCAUUUCUGCAGUAUUUAAACUACCAAAAACUACCCUCUCCCGCUUCCAUUUUUCAUUACACCCCUCCCACCCUUAUAAAAUAACUACUUUUCCUAUAUUCUCUAUCCUGGCUGGUCUGCCAGUGCCCGAGCACAGCGGAGAUCUUCGUAAUUGUUCCCCAAAACCUUAAGCACACAAGCACUUCAAGUUCAUAAGCAUCUCACAAUUCUAUAUUUCCCACAUUUUCAGUGUCCCAGCCAGUGAAAUGUAUUCAUUGCCAUCGGGAUGUAAAGAGAAUUUCAAGAUAUGUAACAAAAAAUGCUUCUGAAAAUAAUCACCAAGCCUAUCUUUAAGUAGUGUUUGUCCUUUGCUAAUAUAUCUCUGCACACUACUUUGUCCUGCCCCAGCAGCAUUGAUAAAUUUAGCUAAUGCACAUCAGGGAAUCUAAAGUGCUUAGUUGAACCCUAUGGCCAUAAACAGGAGAACUGUUCAGCGUAGGUCCACCACAAUAGAAUGUGUAUAAACAAAGCUGCAUUACUAAUUUGUUUUUUGUCAUGUUACUUGAUAGCAUUUUUAUUGAUUGAGUGCAAAAACAUUUCCCCUGCAUUGGUUUCUACACGUGCUGGGGGUCACUGAACACACACAGCACUCGGUGGUCACUGGGACGCUGCAAAACUGAAAUGCCAGCUUGUUUCCAAAACACUCAAUGAUUGUAAAAUCUGCAUUUAAAUAUGCAAAUAAAAUUUAACAUCUGCUUUUACAUUUCAACUUUAUGGGCUCUGUCGUGCCUUUUACAUUGUAUUAUAUCUGUGAUUAAUUGGUUUGUCAAUUUGUCAGUUGCUGAAGGGCCCAUAAACAUUUUAUAGGACCUUAAAGAAGUUAGCUUAGUUUCUAAGCAACACUUAAGACUUCACCUAGUAACCUGGCUGUAACUCCCAGCAGGACAACUGCUCUAACCACUUUCACCCCCACACUACUAGUUUCACCCCCAAAUGAAUUCCAAAAUCUCCAGCCGAACCAUAGAAUAAGCUCUGAUUAUUUACAGUGGAUGCGCAGAAGAGUCUGUAAUCUGUACGUCGCCCAGUCUCG